CAAUUAAUAGUUUAUCACUAAAAAGGAAAAAAAGAACUUGUCUUGUUUUUUUCUAGUGAACUUGCAUUGCAUUCAGAAAUUUGCUUUCCACUUUUUUAUUAUGGUCUAAAGAAACUGAUUUUGCCCCACCUGAAAACUGGUUUUCUUGCCGGGAAACAGCCAUUGUUAAUUGUUUUCCUCCUAAAAACCACUAAAAGAUUAAAAAAAUUAGUUUUAUUUCUUUUGGUUUUAACCAUUUCUUCCUUUUUUUUCUCUUUUACAUCUUCAUAAAAUUUUGAUCUGUGAAGGUAGUUUUAAGGAGCUUUAGAUAUAUUACAUCAGUUUGCAAAGCAUUAAUAAUAUCUGCUAAAGAAAAUGGAGUCAAGAGAAGCCAUGAAUUCAGGAGUUACAGUGAUAGCUCCAGAAGCUCCAUCAAACUAUCAAAUGGCACCAAGAACGGAAAAUGCUCUGGUGCCGGCGGGAACAUCGCCGGCUGUGACACCUCCGGUAGCUACUGGCAUUCCACUUAGCUCAGAGAAGAAGAAGAGGGGCCGUCCUAGGAAGUAUGGGCCAGAUGGGGCAGUCACUCGGACACUUUCACCUAUGCCCAUUUCGGCGUCGGCCCCACCAACCUCCGGCAGCUUCUUGUCGGAGAAAGUCAGUGUUGCUCGGCCUGCGUCGGAGAAAAAGCCUCGCAAUAAAGUGGGAGCAGAAAAUUUAGGUGAAUGGAUUUCAUGUUCCACUGGUGGCAACUUUUUACCACACAUGAUCACAGUUGAAGCUGGUGAGGAUGUUACAAUGAAGAUAAUCUCAUUUUCUCAGCAAGGACCUCGAGCUAUUUGCAUUAUUUCUGCUGUUGGUUUGAUAUCAAAUGUUACUCUACGGCAACCAAAUACUUCAGGGGGGACUUUGACUUAUGAGGGUCGAUUCGAAAUCCUUUCUUUGUCUGGAUCCUUUACUCCAACAGAGUUUGGGGGUUCUCGUACUAGCAGAACCGGAGGAAUGAGCAUUUCUUUGGCAAGUCCCGAUGGUCGUGUUGUCGGAGGUACACUUGCAGGACUGUUAAUAGCUGCUAGUCCUGUCCAGGUUGUGGUGGGCAGUUUUCUACCAAGCAACUACCAAGAAGCCAAGCCAAAGAAACAGAAAGCAGAACCCAAAGCAAUACCUUAUGCAACGGUCUCUCCUGCUGCGCCCCAUAGCUCUAAUAUGGACCCUAGAAGUUCCAAUGCACUCACUGUAAACAUUCCCGGAGCUGGAAAUCAAAAUAUUAUUUCUUCCUCCACCAUGCAAACGAAUCACUGGACCGCUAUGCCAACUGUUCAAGACUCGAGAAAGUCUGCAACAGAUAUUAACAUAUCAUUGCAGGGAGAGUAGUCUAACUGGACAAGAAUUCAUUCCCAGAUUCUGAAGCUUCACAUGCUGUACCAGAAUAGUAUACUUGUCUGAUCGGCUAUAACUUGUGUUAGGAUAGAAUCUAGAAUCUCUUCUUUCAGCUCAAGAGCAUGUAUUAUUGUUGUGUAGUUGCAGAUUAUUAGUUCUAGGGAACUUUAAUGCUUUAAUAUAACACGUUUGGAUUAAAAGUUUAAGAUUCGUAAUUUCAUCCACAUUGACACUCUUUUUGGGUAGUUUCAGUGAAA